AUGCAUCUCUCAUUCGCUUCCGUCACUCUCACUGGACUUUCGUGUCUGUCUGUUCUGGCAUCGGCAAUCCCUACAAAUUUCUCCUUCGCCAACAAUCCAACAGGCGAAGGCUUUCCAAAACCGAAUGCUCAGCAGUUGGUGGCAAUCGAGGCACAAGCACACGGAAGUCUGCCAAAUGGCCCUUCUCCAUCAUCGGUAAAGAACAACACAGUGACUAGCUUGCAACUCAUUGCCUUCAAUGAGAUCUUCGAAACUGCUUUCUUCACUUCCCUCAUCCAAAACAUCACCAACAACGUUACGGGUUACGCCGUCUCUAACAGCACACUCAGAUAUGCUUCCCUUGAGGCUCUUGUUGCAAUCCGUGCACAAGAAGAACUCCACACCUUGUUUGCCAACAAUUCCCUGACCGCACUUGGUGCGAAGCCUGUCCAAACCUGCGAGUUCAUGUUUCCCGUGGCCACUCUCCCCGACGCAAUCGCUCUCGCAUCCAAGUUCACAGACAUCGUCCUCGGCACCUUGCCAGCCAUCCAGCUGCUGCUAGCUAUGUCCAACGACUCAGCCCUUAUUCCCGGGAUCGGUUCUGUUAUCGGCCAAGAAGGCGAGCAAAACGGCGCUUACCGUCUCUUCCAAAACAAGAUCCCUAGCGCGCUUCCCUUCCUCACGGCCGGCACUCGCGAGUUCGCCUUCAGUGCUCUGAACCAGAACUUUAUCGUUCCAGGUUCCUGCGCUGUUGACUAUAUUGACCUCCCUGUCUUCAAGCCCCUCACUGUCGUCACAAAUGCUAUCGCUGCCCGGAACCAGACUUUAUCGUUUGAGUUUCCCAUGUCUAAUGGCUCGACGACUUUCAACGCCAGUUCCUACUCGCUCGCGUACGUCAACCAGCAGAACAUCCCCGUGAUCGAACCGCUGCAGAACAUCACUGCCAAUCAGACGUCUAAGACGAUGAAGUUCAAUGCUGCGUUCCCUUAUAAUGGCACGACGUUCGGCAAUGGCUUGACGUAUGCCUUGGUCGUUAACGGUUCUACCACUGGGCUAACCUCCGCCGCUGAUGUUGCUGCUAUUACCGUCUAUGGUCCUGGUUUAAUCGAGAUCAAUUAG